AUGAGCAACGGGGACAGAAAUCACGGACGGCGCCACGCGAAGAACGUGUUGAGACAUGGAGUGAUGCACAUUGGAAAGUACCAGGUGGAAGCUAAACACGUCAACGGGCAGAAGCAUUCUAACAAGACAAAGCAGCAGCAACACGGUGACGGUGGGAAUAGAAGUGGGAACAGAUGGACCAUCACACCGAAUACGAACGAGUACAGAUGGAGAAAGAUGGCAGCAAAGUAUGGCUUUGGUCCGCUGUACAGUCCCUUUGGUACGUCCUGGGCCGGGCAGCCACAACACGAGUUCUACCUGCAUGGGCCUCGCCCGUCGUAUUCGCGAGGCAAGGACUACCGGCAGAAGAGAGCGACUAAAUCCUGGCCCUUUGUGAGGUAUUUCGAGGAGGACGAGACAAUGGGCGAUGUAGGAGAUUUGGAGCCGGCUAUUCCACUGUCCGACACGGUCGACCAGGAGAUGGAAAUGGCAGGGCAUCACCCUGAAGACGAUCUUGGAUUCGACCCUCAACUUGUACCCACAAGCUUUUUCCUCGAUCAAGAGAUUCUCAUGGCUAUGGAUGACCCUCAUGGCGAUCGGGAGCAUCCAACGCCGUUUGACAGUGUCCAUGACAAUACCAUCUUCGUCGAGUCCUUUGAGGGCAGAACCAUUCAAGUGCCGGAUCAUCUGGACGUCGAGGUAGCUUUAGGCCAGUUGUAUGACCCGAAGUUUGUCGAAUCGCUGGCUGUCCCGGGAAACCUGCCCGAGACACUGCGCCUCGAAGAAGUAUGUGUCCAAACGGCCAAGAUUGCAGAAGAGGCCGGGCUUGCUGCGCUGGCCGCCGCAUAUCGAAACAAGGUGGAUGCUAUUGCCCUCUCCAGGUCUGGUACCCUGCUGACGUGUGAGCAGUCCUCGUCACCAGAUAUCAACGGCAGCCAUGGAAGUGGUGGCUAUCACGGCGGUUUACAACAGAAUCAGCUCCCAAUGGGAGAAUCAUUUGGAGAUGACGCCCGGGGCAACCACCAUGACAAGGAACCUGCGGAGAAGAGAGAUGACCACAAGAGUGGCAACAUGCAUCAGAAAAAAGACGGUAACAAGGGGAUCGAGAAUCACAAGAAAGACAAGAAAACCCCGAAACACCAUAUCAACAACAAUGGCGGGAGGAAGAAUGCCAAGGCAGGUUUAGAAGGGCACAAAGACCGGCGUAGGCAUCGUAGAACUCGAAUUGUAUAG